AUGAACAUUUCAAUUGAGCGACUUGGGAACGGCGCUGCCUUCUGCCUUCGCGACGAGGUAACAGGUGUCACUGUACUGUUAGGCUGUGGUGAAGUGAAAGAUGAAAAGUUUUCGUCUUCAGAAGAUUUCAGUGUCGAGGAAUUUGAAAAUGUGACAACACAGUACCGACGCGAUCUUAAGGAUCUUCUUCGACGUGAUGGAGGCACUGUGGACGCCAUUUUGAUACCGGACUAUCGCCCUGGGGUCUGCAACUUGCUCCCCUUUAUAACUGAAAAAUGUGGCGUUUCGUGGAGCUCCGGGUCCACAGCCAAGGCUUCGGAUACGGGGCAGAAACAACCUCCCGUCAUUCUUAUGACACAUGGCACUCGAGCCAUUGGUCCGCAUGUACUCGCAGAAUACUGGAAUGGAUGCCACGGCAAGGUGAAGGACGGAGGCAGCGGCAUGCCAGCUCUGUAUGAUAUCCAGGACAUUGCUCUGGCCUUCAAGAGGGCCAAAGCAGUGGCAUUCAAAGCAUGCGUGGCUGUAAGCGAGCAGCUCAAGGUUACAGCUUAUCACUCUGGUCAUGUUGUGGGAGGUUGUGCCUUUUAUUUGGAAAUCGGAGUCACAACAGUGCUAUUUGCUAAUGAUUUUAAUCUCACGGGUGGGCGAGUCCUGCUGCCGGCGCAAAUUCCUCGACUGGAACCUAGUACUAUGAUCACACGUAGCUCAUUUGCUGUGACAGUAUCGGAAACGCAGAGUGCCAUGGAGAGAGACCUUGUUAAGGUCGUCCUAGAGUGUAUUAGCUCAGAUGGCAAAGUGAUUAUACCAGUUUACCGCAUUGGAUACUUCCACGAGCUGCUUUCAAUCUUGCUGGAGCACUGGCAACACAUGCAAGACGUGACCGGAAAGUCUAUCAAGUGUCCAAUUUAUAUAUCAGACGUUACAAUGGAGUAUCCAAGCAGAUAUCUCCCUGUCCUGUCACGUACCUGUACGCCUGCUGUUCAGAGCCUUCUUCGUAAAAAAAAUUCGAAUGUUGCUGAUCUGAAGGUGUUUGAUUGGAAGCACUUGCAGCAGCCAGGACCAUUUGUGUUGUUCACGGGACCUGCAAAUAUCUCGCAAGGCGAUUCACAUCGCGCAAUCAAGGCGGUGGCGAACGACCCGAAAAAUUUGAUCGUACUUUCCGAGCAUUGCACACCUGGCACAAUAAACUAUUUGCUGUACGCAGAGCCUGAGCGCAAACGUGUUAAUAAGCGGCUUGGGGUGAACAUCGAGUGUGGCGUGCACUACCAGCCGUGUGGGGAUGAAGUGGACGCAAAGAGUAUUGUCCAACUUGUAUCACGAGUGGCGCCGCGUCAGGUUAUUCUCGACUACAAGGUUCCAGACGACUUAGAAUUCGUCAAAUCACACAUCCGGAAUUACCUUAAGAUUGACCCUGCUGUCAAUGAUGUGGUCGUUAAGGGAAUUAAUUCUGCAGGACGAACGCCUAUUGAGCCUCUUCGCAACAUUCCGCUCAGAAUCCACAAGACUAUGUUCAAUAACCCUUCUGAUGUACAGGGUAUGCUUAUUGCCGAACCCAAGCGCAAGCUGAUGCUGGUCUCAAAUGGCAACGGUGCACGGCGUCUGAAAAAGAAAAAACAUGCUCUCUUUUUUUCUUACUCUUGGAAAAAACCGGUCGAGCCAUCUCCUCGGGUCAAAAAGAAGUGCACCCGUCCAGCGUCUACCUUGUCUUUCCUUCUCUCAGCUGCAACCGAGUCAGCUGAUGAAGACGAUGAGAGCGAACAGCAGCCUCAAGCCAAUGUAGAGCAACUACUUAAAUCGUUGGAGACCAGUCUGGCCAAUUGGAUACUCGAUUUCCCUAUUGAAAAGCUUGAUCGCUGGCUUAAGCUUCGCACAGUCGGAAUUUCAGUGUCUUCUGAAUGGGAAAUUCAUAUGGAAUGGUCAUUUGAUGAUGAAGCGCUAGCAGGGCGAGUACUCGGCAUCGCGAAGCAGGUUGUUCACGCUGAAUACAAAAAGCUACUAGGCAAAUAA